CGGUGGCAAAACAUGACGGAGACAGCUCCUCGGUGUCUGUCCGCCGAUGUCCUCACUGAUGACUCCGAGCUGCAUUUAAUCUAUAUGAUAAGACUCGUGCAGAACGUUGGUCAGCCAGCACAGGGACUGCUGGACUUUUGGGUAAGUUUUGGUCCUGCCGGUACACGCUACAACAAGGGUCAGCACUGUGAGAACCCUGUUUCCUCUUUAUCUGUUAUGCCUCAUCCAAUCAGCUUCCCAUGACGACGGAGCUGCAUCAGCACGCCGGGCUAUAAUAGGUGUGAGAGUCCAGCCCAGAGGCACCAUCUGCUCUCCAAGCACCACCAUCUCCAGAGCAGGUCCAUCAAGUCAGCAGCCAUGAAACUGUUCCUGAUUGCAGCCCUUCUUGUUCUUGCUCUGACACAUGGGAGCUCCGCCGAACAAACGGGAGCUCAGUUGACCCAGUAUCUUGAGAACAUCAAGGCUAAAAUCAAUCGGGACCUCCAGGACUUCAUGGACCAGUCAUCACUGAAAGACCACGCCGAAACGUUCCUGGAGAACCGGCAGGCGGCGUUCGAGCCCGUGGCCGUUAAAAUCCAGAGCCAGCUGGAGGACAUGAAGGCCGCGGCGGGGGACAUGGAGGACCAGAUCAAGCCCCUGGCCGACAACGUGAAGGAGAAGGUGAACCCGUUGAUCGCCAAUCUGCAGGAGAAGAUGGAGACCAUCAUGCAGAUGUUGGCAGAGCACGCCAAGACCGCCCACAAAUAAACCCAAGCGGAGUUUUGUAGUUUCUAGUCGUGUUGUUUUGUAUUAAACCCACACCAGCUGCACAAACAUGUUCAAUGUCCCUUUGAUGCAUAUAAAAUGUAUAAAAUAUAAAACAAUACUGC